GAUUUCCGGCCUCUCGCCUGCUCGCCCCGCCGCCCGCCUGUCCCGCUCCCUCCCUCCCGGGGACCCGGAGGAGAGGGGACCAUGCCGGAACCCGGGCGGGACGCUCCCGGCACCGCCAGCGCACAGCCCCCACCGCCGCCGCCCCCACCACCCGCUCCCAAGGAGUCCCCGUUCUCCAUCAAGAACCUGCUCAACGGAGACCACCACCGGCCGCCCCCUAAGCCUCAGCCGCCCCCACGGACGCUCUUCGCGCCAGCCUCGGCUGCCGCCGCCGCCGCCGCUGCCGCUGCCGCGGCGGCCAAGGGGGCCCUGGAGGGCGCCGCGGGCUUCGCGCUCUCGCAGGUGGGCGACCUGGCUUUCCCCCGCUUUGAGAUCCCGGCGCAGAGGUUUGCCCUGCCCGCGCACUACCUGGAGCGCUCCCCAGCCUGGUGGUACCCCUACACCCUGACCCCCGCCGGCGGCCACCUCCCGCGACCUGAAGCCUCGGAGAAGGCCUUGCUGAGAGACUCCUCCCCCGCCUCGGGCACAGACCGCGACUCUCCGGAGCCACUGCUCAAGGCCGACCCCGACCACAAGGAGCUGGACUCCAAGAGCCCGGACGAGAUCAUUCUGGAGGAGAGCGACUCCGAGGAAAGCAAAAAGGAAGGCGAAGCGGCGCCAGGCGCGGCCGGGGCGAGCGUAGGGGCGGCGGCGGCCACUCCGGGCGCAGAAGACUGGAAGAAGGGCGCCGAAAGUCCAGAGAAGAAGCCGGCGUGCCGCAAGAAGAAGACGCGCACCGUCUUCUCGCGCAGCCAGGUCUUCCAGCUCGAGUCCACCUUCGACAUGAAGCGCUAUCUGAGCAGCUCGGAGCGAGCCGGCCUGGCCGCGUCCCUGCACCUCACCGAGACGCAGGUCAAGAUCUGGUUCCAGAACCGCCGCAACAAGUGGAAGCGGCAGCUGGCGGCGGAGCUGGAGGCGGCCAACCUGAGCCAUGCCGCGGCGCAGCGCAUCGUGCGGGUGCCCAUCCUCUACCACGAGAACUCGGCGGCCGAGGGCGCGGCGGCUGCAGCCGCGGGGGCCCCGGUGCCAGUCAGCCAGCCGCUGCUCACCUUCCCGCACCCCGUCUACUACUCGCACCCGGUGGUCUCUUCCGUGCCGCUGCUACGGCCGGUCUGAGGCCCCGGAGGGGUGGGGGAGGGAGCGCCCGGCCUCCUUGUCCGGACCCCGGAGGAGACUGGGCCGGGCCGAGGGCGCCGAGAAGUCCAGCGGCCUUCAGGAACUGGGGCUUGGGCGCGCAGCCUCUGCUUCCCCUCCCCCAGUCGGUAGCAUUUUGUAAGUAUUUGCAAUGCAUUUUCGUGCAAUUCAUUCCUAAUGGAUUGGAGGCGCUUCCCCUCUUACUUUUGGUUUUUGGCUUAUAUUAAGAGAAAGCAGGAACGAGACAAAAUUUCCGGGUCAGAUAUUUCGGCCGAUAGUUUUUGUAAAAUGUGCAGCCCUCCCUUCCAAAUUUCCAUUGCGCGGUGGCUUUUUGGUUUUAUUUUUAUAGAAGGAAAAUAAGCGCAAAACCUAAAUCCCUCUAGUUUAUUCUUUUCUGCUUUUUUUUUUUUUUUUUUCGAGACGGAAUCUUGCUCUAUCUAUUGCUCAGGCUGGAGUGCAGUGGCGCGAUCUCGGCUCACUUUGACCUCCGCCUCCCGGGUUCAAGUGAUUCUCCUGUCUCAGCCUCCCGAGUAGCUGGGAUUGCAGGUGUGUGCCACCACGUCCGGCUAAUUUUUGUAUUUUUAGUAGAGACGCGGUUUCACCAUGUUGGCCAGGCUGGUCUUGAGCUCCUGACCUCGUGAUCCGCCCGCCUCGGCCUCCCAAAGUGCUGGGAUUACAGGCGUGAGCCACUGCGCCCGGCCUAGUUUAUUCAUUUUCUAUAGAACUGUUUUCAGAAUCCAGAGAGGGAGAGAAUUCAUAUGAUAGUACUUUUAUUUCUGGAUUUCUGGGUAUGUUUCUU